GAGUAAUGUCUUUUUUAUUGGAAACGUUUAUGUUAUUUUAGGCUUUAUUACUGCUACUCCAAGAUCUUAUGAACCCCAGGGAUAUUUAUGUGUUGAAGAUGACACGGGUAUAGCCCCUUUUAUCUGCUUAACUUUUUACGAAACCCUUCCGAGUGGAUUCUUUUUACUUUUUGUUUCAAAUCGGGUUGCUUGCAAGAGCUGUAAUGGCCUGAAGGGGCUCGAUGUUACUCCCACGAUCAAACCGGAGGACUCUCCCUCUACAUAUCUCGAAGUCUACAAAAUUGUGCCGAUACCUUUUUGUGACGUCCCUUUGCUUUUGUCAAACAAUAGUGUGGGGGUCGAUUUACAGGGACAGCUGGCAAGACUAACUGCUGUUUUAAAAUUUGGUACAAAGUUAAUAUUUUUCGCUGAACUUCUUGAACAUAACAAAUUCUCUGUAACUAUUGGUUUUUACGGCUCGGCUCUCUUGAAGUGGAGAAUUUUGUUCAAACUUCGCCAGUUUUACAAAGUUACCUGUUUAAAGAGGAAGGUUUUGGUCAGUUCUAAGAAAGAAAAAAUUUUAAUGGCCACGGAGUGGACGGUAGUAAGGCGGUUGUGCUCGAAAGAAUUAAGGAGCGCCGUCACCGAAGGCUCUGUAGACUCUUCUUUUAGUAAUUUAACGCAAUCGGAGCCUUUGCCCUCUAGACUCGUAUAUACCGGCGAGAUUACGUUUAUAGCUAAUGACCUGAGAAUAUGGGAACUCGACAGGAAGUUUUUGGUGUUUGCGCCUACAGACAACUUUGUUGCGAGCUACGGUCUGGGGAUUCGGGUUGGCAGCACGGUCAAGUUAUACAAUCUCCACCCGAUGAAAGGUUUUUCUACCGAAGCGGCCUUCUGCUUUUCUCUUUGUGCGUGGAGCUGCGUAGAAGUCGUAUCUUGCUCGCCUGAAGAUUGCUCAGAAUCGCACCCCAUAUGUUUAAGCGACCUACCACCCAAGGAGAUGACCUUUUCUAGUUGCCUAGAGCGUUUCUGGUGCCUACAAAUUUGCUGUGCGCUAUCUCAGAAAUUUGACAAGCUUACGGGCCUGAAGAGGCCGCAGUGCAUUACGAUAAACUCAUUUAUUCGACUACCUUCCGAUAUAAGAAGGAAAGCUACUCGUUACGCAGAGCGAAUCGUAAAGUCUUAUGAUCUCCCACUCUACCGCCGUAGAAUACUCCACGAAUUAUUCGAGCACGAAAUGGAAUGUGAUCUUGCUGUGCAGCGUGUGGCCCGUCAGUCUAACGUUGUUCUUAUAAAAGACUUGCUGUGUCAUCCUCUUGUCUUGCAGGCUGUAGCUCACUGCAGAAAAAAGGAGGGCAAUUUUUAUCAAGUGCUGAGCACUGACCUCGAUGUACUCCUUGUGGGCAUUUUGCACUGCGAUCAUACUUCUGGAAAACUUAUUCUUCAGGAUGCUAGCGGUUCGGUGGAAGUCUUUACCCCGACUCACACGUGGCAUUUGAAUAAUAUCUACUACUUUAAAUACUUUACUGUUUACGUGGAGAGCCGUGGAGGGGCAUUCGAGGCUCCUGACGUGUUUGUGUUGCUCAAUUUUGAGUGGAAAUCCGCCUUCUGUGUGGCACUUCGAAGGACUCGGGGCCUUAUAACGUCUAAGGAAGUCGUUUGUUUAUUUCUUGAAAUGGUCAGUUUUCGUCGGCAGAGUUUCGCUCCUCACCGAUCCUGGGAGUUCCACGCGCAGGGCAUGGGCUUUCCUCGUGAUAUCUUUGAGAAUUCCGCCGUUUUAGAGGAUUAUCCUCGAAGAAUUUAUAUGGAAUUCCGGGGAAAAGCUGCGAAGUGGCGACCGAUUCUACACCUCGGGAGUUUUUACCGCUUAACAAAUAUCGUCAUCCAGGAUAAAAGCGAUAUUCUUAAAACAAGCGUAUUGGAAGAGUUUAUUGUUAGCAACGCUGAAAGUAAACAAGUUUCCACCUUUCCAGAACUCCCCAAGGUCAGGCACUUUGAAAAAAAAGGAAAACUAUUACUGGAGCUCUUUGCACUAAAAAAUCAAUUUAUGGAGCAGACAUCCAAUUAUCUGAGAGUUGGAGACCUCUACAAGGGGGGGUACACCAACGCGGUGGUUUCUUUUAAGGGCCGGAUCUCCUCAAGAAGCCUGACUAGGGAAUCUGCGCACGUGCACCCUUCUUCGGAUAAACAGGUCUUAGUAUUGGGCGUCACUGAUGACGAGGGCCUUGACGAGCUCCCAGUUUAUAUAGACUUGAGCAAAAUUAAAGAGACUUAUGGCCUCUAUCCUGGUGCAACUGCCGUCUUCAGAAACGUUAUCGUUGUUUUGAGUCGCUUUCAGAAUCUCUACUGCUGCGUUGAGCUCUGCUCUCAGGUCGAAGUGGGAUCGUGUGCCGAAGCGGCCACUGGUGCCUUCUUCACUUCGUCGUUGCGAAAGAUGAGGGGCGUUUUUCCGGAUCCUGCGGCGCUUAAGAACCUUUCUACUACAAGAAUUUAUGAUUUGCAUGUUGCCGCUACUGGUGAUACUUCAAAGCUACGCAGGCAAACGGUGUACCGCAUUGCCUGUAGCGUCGAGCAAAUUAUCGCCCUGAAUUUUUACUGGAGGUGCUCCACCUGUUCCACUGCGUUUACUGGGCAGAGUUGCAGCAGCGAUCAAUGCGAAGGAGGCGGACUGGUGACUUUUUCCAGGUUCACAAUAGAGGACGGCUCCGGUGAAGCCACCGUUUACCUUGAAGAAACUCAUGAAGUUCUCUAUAAUCUCUUACAUCUAAAUAACAACGAGUGUCUGGAAGUAGAAAAAGAAUGUUCGCGACGAGGAUCCAUCUAUUUCUCGAUCUUUGAGAAGAGCUCUUGUCCAGCAGAAGGUACACUCUUACAUAAAAUUGUUUCCGAUACGAGGAGGCAUAAGCCGGUUAUACUCUACUGCACUCUCUGCUUUAAUAAGAAGCCCUCAACUUUGGCAGAUAAAGGCAGGGUAGCGCUUGGAAACCACAAACUUUAUUUAAAAGGUUUAAAACUCAGGAGCUUAAACACCGUGAAGGAAGCCCACCGCUUAUUGUCUUGCUUAAAAAAAAAAAUUACUGUAAACAAUACCGCAGCGACAACAGCUGAGGAUGAAUAGUAGUUUCAAUGCUUUGACCCUCUUACGCGAUCCUCUUACACUGGAACUACCACGUCACACACCUAAGUCUCUAACAAUCUCUAGAUCUACUAAAACUAAAUUAUUAGAAAUGGAGAUUUAUUUAUAAAAAUAUAGCUCGUAAAACUUAUUUUAAGUAAUCUUACUAUUAAGUGAUAUUUCCCCCUUCAAACUUUCCCUUCCUUUGGCACGUACCUGAGCUCGCCACCCCCGAGAAUAAUUUUUUUGUUUUGCAACAAAUCGAAAGGUAGCAUUACUUCUGGGAAGAUAGAAGAGUAUUGCCCUACCACGUAUAACUAUUAAAGUGAAAGAAGACACAUACGAAAAGGCGUAGAAAAGAACUAGACUGACUACUGAGAAGGGGAGCGAACACCAAACGAUAAAAAGAGAUAACACACCACUCGAGCUAUUCAGUGAGUGUAAAGGUUUUACGCCUUAAAGGCUUUUUAAGUAAGUGAACAAUAUAUGCAACUUAAA